CCCGCUCCCCGUCGCCGUCCCCCUGCCUCGUGGCUACUAGGGUUCCGACGACCUUCCCCCGCCGCCGGCCGCCACGCAGCGCUCGCUUCCUCAACAGCCGCCAUGUCUCAACCCGUCACCCCACGCCGCAGCACCCGCUCCACCGCCUCCGCCCCCGACUCGCCGUGCUCCCCUCCCAAAUCUCCCAAAUCCAGGCCCAAACCCCCACCAAGACGCCAACUCCUCCCUGCCGCCGCCGCCGAACCGGAGGAGAAAAACACCCUCGACGCGCUCCUUGAGGCGCUACCCGGCCGCCGCACGCAGGUGACGGACCUCCUCCGCCUCCUCGCGCCCGCGCCCGCGCUUCCCGUCAUGCUCCACGGCGGCGCCGCCACCGGCAAGACGCGCGCGCUGCUCCUGGCGCUGCGGCACCUCCGCCCCAGUCCGCGCCUCGCCUACGCCGCGCUCCGCUCCCUCCCUUCCCCUCGCGCGCUAUUCGCCUCCAUCCUCUCCCAGCUCAACCCGAUACCGUCUUCAAAUUCGUCCCGCCGGAGAAUCCCUGACAAGCCCUCCGACUUCAUCGCUAUCCUCCGCGACGCCCUUGCUGGCUUCGUUGCCCAGGGCGAGCCUGCAUGUCUUGUGUUCGACAAUUUGGAGGUCGUUAGGGGCUGGGACAAGGGCGCCCAACUUAUCUCCCUUCUCCUCCGCCUACACGAUCUCCUCCGAUUACCGCAGGUUGUGCUCGUGUACGUGAGUAGCGCAACGCCUGAUGCGUACUAUACCAUGACUGGCUCUGUUGAGCCGAAUUAUGUUUACUUCCCGGAUUACACGGUGGAAGAGGCCAACGACAUUCUGAUGCGAGGACAUCCCAAUCCGAAGCUGUACUCAUCCUUCUUGAGUGUGGUGCUGAAGCCAUUAUUCCGAGUGACAAGGAGGGUUGAUGAGCUGGCAGCAGCGCUAGAGCCGCUUUUCAGGAAGUACUGUGAGCCAUUGGGGGACUUGAAAGUGGUUCCUGAUGAGGGUAUUAAGAGGCGGUUAUUUGAACAUUUGCAACCACAUUUGGCCGUGGUGUUGAAUGAAACAUUCAGUGUCCCCAUGAGAGCUUUGGUGGGUGAAUUCAAGAAUGGUAGUUCUAGUGGAAAGGGUAACGUCAAAUGGCACUUUGGUGGCAGAGAUGGUCUCUCGAGUGAAUUAGAGUUCCACAUGUCAGUGUCCGCCAAAUACUUACUGUUAUCCGCCUUCCUGGCUUCAAGGAACCCAGCUACUCUUGAUGCGGCGUUAUUCGAUUCCACUGGAGGGUCAGAUAGCCGUAACUGCAAGAGAAAGAGCUCUCAGGCAUCAAUAGAUAGAAAGGAUACCAUGGCUGAAGAGAUGCUUAUGAAAGGUCCUGGUACAUUUCCUCUUGAGAGACUCUUGGCCAUAUUUCAGUGCAUCACAUCAGUGUCAGAAGAUGUGCUCAAUGAAGUUGAGUGCCCAGACAGUAUUAUUGGUGGAAGUGGAAUGACUGGUUUGAUGUCAGAUGUUCUAUUACAACUGUCUACCCUGUGCAAUUCUAAUUUUCUCUCUAAAAGCCGGAGCUGCCCAUUAGAAGGCUCAGCGAGAUAUCGAUCCAAUGUCAAUGAAGAUUUAGCUCUCAAGGUUGCCAGGAGUGUUGGUUUCCCUCUGUCGAAGUAUAUGUACAGAAGAUAGCCUUUCGAUUCUUAGUCCAGGCAGCAGAAACUACUUUUGGUGGCUCUAGAUGCUCCGCUGAGAUCUAUCUAGUUACCUUGAUUGUAGAGUAUUGAGGAAACUGCUACAUGCUCCAUGUUCUUUUGUAAUUUCCUAGCUUAUGCUGCUCUUGAAAGGCUGAGUAUUGUAGUCCAUCCUAAACUUAAUGUAACUGACUGUCUGUAAGCUUCUGUUACAUGUCCCAUAAUUUGUAGUGCACCGGAUGUUUUAUUUGCUUAUCAAUAGUAUGCUAUUUUGCAACAGAAAAUUCUUAUCCAAAAUACUUAGUUUUCUUUCUUCA